AUGGGACCUGGGCGCGGGGGCGUUGAUGCCUGGAACACCCUUCAGGUAGACUCUAAAGUAUUGCUUGACACAAGCUUACCUGUGAUGGAGUAUCCAGAACUUCUAAUGGAGUAUCCGGAAUGUCUGAUGGAGUAUCCAGGUGCUCUGAGGUAUGUGUUUAGAAGGUGUAAUGGAGUAUCCAAGAGCUGUGAUGAAAUGUGUAGUUUCUUCAGCAAGUACCCUCGUCACCGGCGACUCAUCAGCAUCAACAAGCGCUACACAGGACACAUCAACCAAGAGUUCAACCUCAGACAUGACUGGAACUCUCUCCUCUCUGACGACGAGAGCCUUCUCUUCAAGCACUUCUCCAGCGACUUCUUCCCUGAGAACGACUCGAUGGUGCGGUACCUGAAUGAGUUCGUGGUGCGGCAGGGGUUACGGGUGCGGUACAAUACUGCGGUACGAGAUAUACGCCGUGUACCCAGCACGGUACAACAACCAUCAGGCUACUUCACCAUACGCGACCAGCACAACCGUCACUACACUUGUAGGUACAUGAUAGUAGCCACGGGUAUGGGCAUCCCCAACACACCCACCUUCCCCGGGUCUGACCUGGUUCAUGGGUACGAGGACCUCCAGAUUGACCCCAGCUACUAUGAGGGCAAGAGUGUACUCAUCCUGGGCCGCGGUAACGCAGCAUUUGAGACAGCAGACGCUAUCUACGGAGUGACCAACGUGGUCCACAUGAUGGCCCGCACUCGGGCCAGACUCUCCUGGAACACACACUACGUGGGCGACCUCAGAGCUGUCAACAAUGCGCUCUUGGACACCUAUCAGUUAAAGUCCCUGGACGGUCUGUUGGAAGCUGCGGUGGAGGACAUGAGGCUGGAACGUCGGGACGGACGCAUCUUCGUUCAGUUCGCCAAGACCUUCAAACAGAUUAACGAGAGUAAAGAGAGUGGAGAACACUUGAUGAGUGAGAACGACUUCGAUAACUUCUCACUACGAGAAGGCUACGACGUUGUUAUCCGCUGUCUCGGCUUCAAGUUCGACUUCUCCAUAUUUCACAACUCUACUAUGCCCAGGCGCUCUAUGAAGAAGUCCAAGUACCCGGGUAUCAAACACACGUACGAAGCCCAGAAUGUACCGGGGCUCUACUUCGCCGGCACCGUAACUCACUCUCUCGACUACCGCAAGUCAGCGGGAGGCUUCAUCCAUGGCUUCCGCUAUACAGUACGCGCCCUCCACCGACUACUGGAGUGGCGACACGAGGGUCAGCGAUGGCCAGUGACUUCAUAUGCUACUCGCGACCUGCUCAACGUGCUGGUGCGUCGCAUGAACGAGGCCUCAGCACCCUACCAGAUGUCUGCCUACUUAGCUGACAUUGUUGUCUUCAGAGAUGAUGGAGAGACUUUCGAACUAUUGCAAGAAUUUCCUGUGCGCCUGCUGGCUCGCCUGGAGGAGAUGACUGGGCGGGAGGCAGAAGAGGUGAGUACAUCUAUGGACUACGGUCCGGAUUUCUCUGGCCCAGAUAAGGACACGUUUAGAGAAGACAGAGCCGUAGGUGAUCCAAUGGAAGCCCACCGCUCUAACUUCUUACAUCCGAUCUUUUACUACUAUAAGAAGCUUCCAAUAGAGACCGAGAUGCUGAUGAACUGGGGCAAAAUGCCUUUGCCUCGUCCCACUCGUGUCCACCACGUGUUAGAAGAUUUUCUGACUGAUUGGACGGCUCAACAAAGUCACAUUCUUCCCUUAAGGCGUUUCUUAGAAUUUGUUACCAGGAGAGAUCUGCGUCAUCACCACGCCCACUCCUGCCUGACGUACGCCCUCACCAACGGCCACCCACCUCCUCUGUGUUCUCUCGGCAGUUCCCAUAACGUCUGGAGUAUCCACACACUCGCUUCCCCACAGACACAAACAUCUGGAGAAACUGAGUACGUUUCACCAACAAUAAACUUGACUUCGUCAGCAGUGCCAUCGUCAUUACGGCCUUCUGCAGCCACAUUGGCUUCUGCUACCUCAUGAAGAGUCUGCCACAGCUGCUUGGGUGGACCAAGCUUGCAUUCCUUCGUAUCAGAUUCAACGGAAAUUCAUAAAUGUGGUGAAUUUCAGGGCAACUAUACCUAUUGUAAAUAAAUUCAAUGAGUUUGUGAUUUUAUAUUCCUGAGCACAUUUAAAUACACUAGUAUAAUAAACACUGACCAGUGGGAAAAACUAACCCACGUGGAGACAACAAGAGAUGAAUUAUGUAAGUUUUACAGUAUAGCGAGUCCCUCUUCGACUGAAGAGGGUCUCAGUGCAGGGAUGAAUUAUGCAGAACUCGUCUUUGUUUUAUUGCUUACUAACAAAAUUGCUAUACAGACAUAAUCGUGAUGUAUACGAGGCUGUGUAUUAAACAUUUACAUGUACACAAAUCUAAGUAAUUUUUUUCUAUAAUUUAAGAUAUUUCUCCUUGAUGGCGGUGAGGGGCUCUUGAAUACAGUGGAAUAUUGUACUCUGGUGAGGGUUAGCUCUGUUUUGUUUAUAAUAAUAAUGUACUCUAAUGGGGAUUUGGCCUCGUGAAGUUAUGUUAAAUACGCCACUAACAAAGCUUGAAGUUUUCUUGAAUUUUCUACGUGAAAAAAAAAUCUUAAACACAAUUGUGUGUGGUGUAAUAACUUCCAGCGGUAUAAUAGAGAAUAAGAAAACAUCACUAUAAUAAGCAAGAAUAAAAGCAUUAUUUUGUAAGAAUGG